AGGAUAAGUUAUAUCUUAUAUCUUACCUGAAUCUGUGAAUUGUCAGAAAAAUCACUGGUGGUUUGAAGAAUUGGAAACAUUUCACAGUUGUCAAGUUCCAGGUCACUAUCAAUAAUUCUCACCGGAAGCUGUAGGGUGAGAUCGAUCGAUCGAUCCAUCCAUCCAUCCAUUUUAGGCCUGUGUUGUUAUGCCGGAUUGCAACGCUCGAGUCUAACAAUUGAACGCAGUUGACAAAACUAAAGUUUGGUGGAUCAGCAAUGGAGGGGUCGCAAGGAUCAGAGAGAGAAAAGGUUAACUCGUCGUCUUCCUCUACCCCUGUAUCUGCUGUCGCUACUUUCUGGAAAGAUUUUGAUUUAGAGAAAGAAAGGACCAUCCUAGAUGAACAAGGGCUUAGAAUUGCCGAAAAUCAGGAAAACAGUCAGAAAAGCCGUCGGAAGCUUGCAGAGAGUACUAGAGACUUCAAGAAAGCUUCAAAUGAAGAUAAAUUGGUGUUAUUCAACUCUCUACUCAAGGGUUAUCAAGAUGAGGUUGAUAAACUUACCAAGAGAGCAAAAUUUGGAGAAAAUGCUUUUCUAAACAUUUACCAGAAACUUUAUGAAGCACCAGAUCCUUGCCCGGUUCUUGCUUCCAUUGCAGAUAAGGAUGCCAAACUAUCCGAACUAGACUCUGAAAACAGAAAGAUGAAAGUUGAGCUUGAAGAAUUUCGCACUGAAUCAACUCAUCUGAAAAAUCAACAGUCAACAAUAAGAAGACUUGAAGAGCGCACCCGCCAGUUAGAACAGCAGAUGGAGGAAAAAGUUAAAGAAAUUGUUGAGAUUAAGCAACGCAAUUUGGCUGAAGAGAAUCAAAAAACAAUGGAGGUUCUAAAAGAAAGGGAAAGAAUGUUACAAGAUCAAUUACGCCAAGCUCAAGAUAGUGUUUCCACUAUACGAAAACUACAUGAGUUUGCGCAGAGCCAGUUGUUUGAGCUUCGUGCCCAAUCAGAGGAGGAAAGAGCUGGGAAGCAAUCAGAAGUUAAUCUUUUAAUGGAUGAAGUUGAACAUGCUCAAACUCGUCUUCUAAGUCUUGAAAGAGAGAAGGGCCUUUUGCAGUCUCAGCUACAAUCAGCAAAUGAAGAGAGUGGACAUAAGAAAAGUGAUAGUUUGGAUGCAAACACCAUGCUUGAGAAUUCCCUUAGUGCAAAGGACAAGAUAAUAUCUGAAUUGAAUACGGAACUUCAUAAUAUUGAGGCAACAUUAUCAAAUGAACGGGAUUAUCAUUUGAAUGAGCUGAAGAAGUUGAAGGCUUUGCUCAAUGAAAAGGAAUUUGAGCUUGAGGGGUUGAAGAAAGAGCUUCAUACGAGGCCAACAGAAAAACUAGUUGAUGAUUUGCGUAAGAAAGUAAAAAUUUUGCAGGCUGUCGGCUAUAAUUCAAUUGAAGCUGAGGAUUGGGAAGCAGCUACAAGUGGGGAGGAGAUGAGCAAGCUGGAGUCAUUACUUCUUGACAAGAACCGAAAAAUGGAGCAUGAACUGACACAAUAUAAGGUCAAAAUUGCUGAAAAGUCAUCUUUGCUGGAAGCAGCUGAAGUUAAGAUCAGAGAACUAACGACACAAGUCAAUGAACAGCAGAGGCUUAUCCAGAAACUCGAAGAUGAUAUACUAAAGGGUUAUAAUUCCAAUGAUAAAAAAGGCAACUUUUUCGAUGACUGGGACCUGUCAGAGUCUGGAGGCACAAAUCAAGUCGAGAAUGCAGAACAAAGGCGUGCUCCCUCUGAUCUAGAUCAAAGCUCUAUGCUUAAGGUGAUCUGCAAUCAACGUGAUCGAUUCCGGGCACGUCUGCGUGAGACUGAAGAGGAAAUAAGAACAUUGAACGAGAAGAUUGGAACUCUGACGACUGAGCUUGAGAAAACAAAAACAGAUAAUGUCAAACUGUACGGAAAAAUUCGCUAUGUUCAGGAUUAUAAUUCUGAAAAAGUGAUAUCCAGAGGAUCAAAGAAGUAUGCUGAAGAUCUGGAGAGUGGUUUUAGUUCGGACGUUGAAUCGAAGUACAAGAAAAUAUAUGAGGAUGAUAUUAACCCAUUUGCUGCAUUCUCGAAGAAGGAAAGAGAUCAAAGGUACAAGGAUCUGGGGUUUCGGGAUAAAAUAACCCUUAGCAGUGGGCGGUUUCUUCUUGGCAACAAGUACGGGAGAACCUUUGCGUUUUUCUAUACGAUUGGGCUGCACGUAUUGGUAUUUACCUGCCUGUACAGGAUGUCUGCCUUAAGUUACCUAAGCCAUGGACCUGAAGAAACUCUGAUUGGGGACAAUGUCAAUCUUCCACAUCCUCAAUAACAUUUUUUUUUCUUUUCCGAAUGACAUUUGAAGUUGCACUCACUGUUUUGAAUUGUUUUGUUAAAUCACAUCUCAUAAAAUAUUGGUAAUAGAAUGGACGAUUGACGUGCAUAUCAUCAUCA